CAUCGUUGAUGGGCGCACAACGACAGUUCAGGACUGGGUGUACCGAAUAUUCCGCGAAAUACGUAGUUUUUUGUGCUUAAUGCGACCGAAAAGUACGUCGACGUGAAAUUGGAUCCGCGAGUCGAACGUUUGACGAUUUCACAAGAUGUCGUCUGCACAAGUUGAUCGGCCCACCAAAGUGGGUCACAUCGCCAAGAAAGAGAACGAUAAGUCAAGAAAGGCAUUCAACCCUUCUCACAAGAAGCACAAGCACGAAGAGAGUCGUCAUUUUAAAUUCGGCAGAAAACGUUUGCAGAGUUUUACCAGCAAUAAUAAAUUCUUCCCACCAUAUAAACGUAGAAAGAAAGAGGGGGCAAUUAUUCCACCGACUAAAUUUCUGCUCGGUGGCAAUAUAUGUGAUCCAUUGAAUCUAAACAGCAUGCAGGACGAAGAGAUCAACAGAGCUAUGAACGCUGUCACACCUAAGUCUAGCCCCUUGCCAACACCUAAGCACAAAAAAGAAGUUAUCGAAGUUAUAAUACCACCAAAUAUCUGUGAUCCAUUGAACUUAAGCAAUUGUAAUGACAAUGACAAUGACGAAUACGAGAAGCAGCUUAUAUCGCCAACGAAGAAAGGUUCGAAACGGCGGAAUAGAAAAAAGAAGCGAGCGUCUUCCGGUUCCGGGAAUGACGCCAGCGAUCCCAUUGAUACCAAAACUAAAGAGUGCGAUGGUAGCGAUAUCGCAGAACCCGUCGAACAAAAUACGGAGGAUAAAACUGAGAACAUCGAAAUGGAACAACAGCAAGCACCAAUGAAUUCACCGCCAGUAAACUCGUCGAAUCAGCUUAAGGAGCCAAAGUCCGAGAGCCCGCAAAAAGACAAAAAUAAAUUGCGUUUAAAGGGUUUGGAGGAGCCUAAAGACAAGAGGCUGAGGAAGAUGGAUGUAAAAGACAAGAUUGUCAGUCCUGUAAUCCCACAACCAGGAGCGUGGAAGCCUAGACCGCAGCAUCGGCCGAGUCAGGAUAAGAAAAAGAAACAAUCCAUGCCUAAUUUCCGAGAGAAAGACGCGCGUUACCAAUACGGGAACUACAACAGGUAUUACGGGUACCGGAACUCUCAUCAUGAAAUGGACAUGAGACUGACAGUAUUUGCACAACGUAAACACCUGUUCAUUGGGAAAGACGUGCUAGACAUUGGUUGCAACAUCGGCCACAUUACCCUUUCCGUUGCGAGGGAUUUCUGUGCCCGCAGUGUAACCGGUAUAGACAUUGAUAGAACACUCAUCAAUAUAGCUCGAAAAAAUAUCAAACACUAUGUAAAUUGUGCACAGUCCCCUGCUGGUAACGAGGGCAGUGACCACCAGGAUGUAAACUUCUUCCCAAUGUCUAUGCCAAUCAAUUAUGGCCCAGUUGAUAUUCCAGGUUUCACGAAACAUAAAAGUGACAGAGGCUUUCCGUACAAUGUCACGUUCGUACAGGGUAAUUACGUGCUCGAGGAUGAUUCUUUGCUCUGUACGGAGCAACCGCAAUUCGAUUUGAUUCUUUGUUUGUCGCUAACCAAAUGGAUACACUUGAAUUUCGGAGACGCCGGUUUGAAACAAGCCUUCAAGCGCAUGUAUGCUCAAUUACGUCCGGGCGGUGUGCUACUGUUAGAACCCCAAGGAUGGAGUAGUUACACCAAGAAAAAAAAUCUCACGGAGCGGAUAUAUAAACAUUAUCGAAGUAUCGAAUUUCGACCACAUAAUUUCACGCAGUAUCUCUUAUCUUCCGAGGUCGGUUUCUCCAAGUGCGAAGUAUUAUCGAUUCCCCCGCAUCCGUCAAAGGGAUUCCAACGGCCGAUUCACUUGUACACGAAAGCUGGCCCGACGCCGAGCAUUUCCGUGGAGAACGCGCUGAAGAAGGCAGAGCGACAGAACGAGGUGCAGAGGAAGUUAGACCAGAAGGAGUACGAGAAGAAACUAUUCAAGAAAGAACAGGGGAAGGAAGGAAAUUUUUCAGAGAUCAGUCAACAGAGCUACGAGUCGUUGAGUCAGUACGAUCAACUUGAAAAUGUUUACGCGCCGAGUGCAACUCCGUGCUACGAUACGACGUCUGGUUACCACAGCGACAAUCAGCCACCGGAUGCAUCGAAGAUGUGUUAUUUGGACGUCAACAUGGAGAACGAUAAAAUGGAACCGGAAAGUCAAGUGGAGUCGAAUGCGAGCCUAAUGGGUGCCUCUGACAACGCGCAAACUUCGGAGUCGUUCGCAGAGAGUCGAACAACGCGAAAACGAAUUAUGGAAAUGAAUAGUGACUGCACGAUCGUCGCGAAAAGAUCGAAAACACAGAGUGAAACGAUCAAACUUGCCGAGAGGACGACGGAAGUUAAUAAAGAAGAAACAUCGGAGGUAAAUAAGUCAGAAGAAGGCAGGACAGCUGACGAUUCAAAUACUCAAUCGUUCGAAGACAAUCGUUCAAAUAAUGCGGCAGGGGAUGAAGAAGAUGUGAAAGAAUCGGAGACUACCUCCAGGAGGCCAUGCGAAGAAGAACAAAGGCAAUUCUGUGAACUAACUUCGGAUAAUACGUAAAUAGGUACCCUCUCCGACUCCUACGUAGAACAUAUGAAUGGUGCUACCACACAGACUGGUUGGUUAUCCAUUUACUUGGCCGAUCUUCUCCUCUUUCACUCGUCCUUCUGCCCUCUCUUUCUUUUCUCGUGAACGCAUCUAGAAAGUUUACAAAUUGUUUAUAAAUCAUAGAUAUAAGACAGGAUUUAUCUUACAAAUUUCACAAACGACUUUGACGAUAAAUAUUAUUACACAACAAAAAAACAGAACAAAGAAAAACGACCACUGCACGUAGUUUUAUUCGCACGAUAUUCAUUUUUAUUCGUCUUAUCUUCUCCUCCUGUUCCAAUUUUUUUUUUAUCAAUUUUUAACUUACUGCGAGUUACGCCGAGUAAACGGAUAGUUCUUUAUUUAGGAUACCUGGUGAGAGUUUCAGUGUAACGUAAUUUGUAUCAGUGCGUCUAAAAUCGAUCUGGAGCACAAGCAGAGACUAUACAAGACAACGUGUGAUGCUCCAUUGGAAAACGCGAAACUGGAUUAUUGAUAAUGAUAAUAAAAAGAAGAUAUGGAACCGAGCACCGUACACGAAUAGAAAUUGUAUCGCUUUACGCGUAGUACGAGUGUGAUAAGAGAGACAAGGAAGAACGCGUCUAUAUCUGGCUGUGCCUGAAUGCAUAGAACGUAAAAAGUGGGAAGACGGGCGAAACAAAUUCUAAGUACGUGCCUAAAGAAAAAAAAAUAAAACAAAAAUCAAGCAUUUUACAUUCUGCUGUAGUAUCUGAGCACGUUCCAGAAAUACUGUAUAGCGCGGUCAGUCGACCGAAGACUGACUCCUUUUGGCUUUACCGUGUCUUUCGAUGAUGAAAAAAAAAUAUGAUAAACGAUAUAAUAAAUUGAAACGAAUUCUCAGGCUGCGCUUCGGAAACGCGGAAAUUAUUGUGUGUUCGCUGCCGUUUUUGUAUUUAACAGACUACAAAUGUACGUGGCAGUUGACAUCGAUAUUCCUCUCCGGAACUCAUCCUAGAUUAUAUCGAAGGAAGAAAGAGAAAACAUAAGUGUUAUUAUUAUCUUCUGUUUUAAUUGCAUCGAUUGAUCGGCAGAGACAGGGUCUGCAAUUUUGGUUAAUUCGAUUUUUAAAUCGCAGACUUCGUCUCUUCGCAACAAAGCAGAGUGUUUCUAAAACUCGUUGCCUGUUGAUCCGUAUCAGAGUAAAGAGAAAUUGAUCAGUAUCUUAAUUCUCACUUUAUUUGAUUGUGGAGAUCGUGACUGAGGAAGAGGAGAGAAUGCAGAAGCAUAUAAUUCUACAAAGAGCGAAUCGAGCGUGAACAACUCGGGAAUGAAAGGGAGAGCGAAUGCGAGAAAGCAAGAAGUUGAUCGGGAACCUUAGACUGUAGACCUGUAAAUUUAUAUUAUUUUAGAGAACCUGAACGUAUUGUUUCAUAUAGUUGUUAUUUAUUUAUAAAACUGAGAAUCUUCGAAUUUGUUAAUAGAGCGCGAGAGAGAGUGUGAGAGAGAGAGAGAGAGAGAGAAAGAAAGAAAGAAAGAAUCUGGACGAUCGGAGUUGCCGAAAGUAUUAUUAUAUCGUUGAAGACGUGCUCACUCGUUACACGUGGGACACGUGCACGUAUAUAUAUACAUACAAAGACACACAUAAAAAGAUUUUUAAAGAAAAUGGCAUACAUGCAAUUGUACAAAAAAAGUUCCUCAGAACCGCAAAACGAAACAAAAGUAAUUAAUGAAAAUAAGAAAAACAAAUAUGAAAGCUUCUGUAAUACGUAUACAGGCGGCUUUCCUUCUUGUAUUAUCUAGUCUGUAUAUACCAUGGAGGAAGAAUGGAAUCACGCGACAGACACUUUUUAUUUCGAAACGAAAUUCAUUCCCCGCGCGUUUUAAGAGACGUUCAUGUUCGAACGUGUUCCAUGCAUUUGCUUUCAAAUCAUGAAUCGUUGCGACUGCAGUCUUCUUAUUUUUAUUCUGAUCAAAAAAUCGUGGUUCGUGGGAAAGUUUUUAUUCCAAUGUUAACUGUGCCGAUGCACAAUAACAAUUACGUUUCGCAUUCUUGCAUUUAUUAUUCCUAUAGCUUCGUUCCUAUUUCAAUCUUUAUCGAACCGUGAACAACAUUGUUUUAUGUGCGCGUGAGCAUGUUUCGAACAUGAACGCGGCCGAUACGCAUUCUUUCUGUCAGAAAGAAAUAGUUAUUUUAAAGGAAAAAAAGACAGUGCGAACGGCCGAGAAUGAUGCGAGGAUAAACGAGCACAAAUCGAUUCCGGGCGCAGGACACUUUUCCAUGUUAUGUUUGAGAGGAUAAAAUGAAAAAUGAACCACUUAGACGCUUACCAGGAACACUUAUAGUGUAAGAGAUGAAAUUAAUAAUAAAGAACUGCUUUGAGUCA